AUGUCGAGCAAGGCCCCAUCGGUGCCGGCUCGCACGCCGGCCAAGACGCCCUCCUCUCAGAAGAAGGGGCCCACCGGUUCGGCUUCGGCUGGCAAGCAGCAGAGCAUAAUGAGCUUCUUCGGAAGGCCCUCAGCCACGCCUUCUUCUGCUGCUUCCAAGUCCAAAGCCGCCGCUCCCCAAUCCUCUCCGGUCCCGUGUCUGAAGGAGACAACCAAGUCCAACUCCCUGCCCAGGCCGAGGGCUGCCAACAUCACCCCCAUCCCCAGCAGCGAUGCCGUUGACCCUCCCAGCUCGCAGGAGAACAUGGACUCCACCGUAACCAAGGUACGAUCUGCCGCCGCCGCUGCCGCCGGCCUGCCGUCGCCCGUCACUCCCGCUGAGGCUUUGGUGAAGCAGACUAGGACCACUUCCCGGCCGUUUAUGAGUAGUAGCCCCACGCGAAAGGCUCGGAAGGCGGUGAAUUACGCUGAGUCUGAUGACGAAGAUGAAGACCCGUUUCAGCGCAUCCAGACCUCCCGUGCGCGGCGGAAGACUAGAGCCCUCCCCACCGUCUCGGAUGACGAGGAUGACUACAAGGAGGAGGCGGGUAAUGUCGCUGAUGCGGCGGAUGAGGACGACAUCGACGAUUUCAUAGUAUCGGAUGACUCUGAUGCUCAGUCCAGGCCCAAGAAGCGAAAGCGAGCCGAGUCCAAGCCCCAGCCACGAAAGAGGGCCUCCCCAGUCUCGAAGCGUGUGCAGACAGACGCCAGCCCCGAUAUCGACCUUGACAUUGAUAUGGACGACGUACCGUCUACCGCAGCCACUUGUAUGAAGUGGGCGUUUGACGAGAAUGCUGAGGUUCAGGAGUGUCCCGUCAAAGCACCCGCCGCAAGAGCUGGUGGCGGCAGCGGCAAGUUUUCCGCCUUUGAAAAGCAGUACUGGGAGAUCAAGCACAAGCUCUGGGACACCAUUGUCUUCUUCAAGAAGGGCAAGUUCUAUGAGCUUUACGAGAAUGAUGCCACCAUUGGCCAUCAGCUAUUCGACCUCAAGCUCACCGACCGCGUCAACAUGCGCAUGGUCGGUGUGCCGGAAAGCUCACUGGACAUGUGGGUGAACCAGUUCGUGGCCAAGGGCUACAAAGUAGCCAGAGUCGAUCAGAUGGAGUCCGCUCUUGGCAAGGAGAUGCGAGAGCGCGACGGCGGUGCCAAGGCUGCCAAGCCCGACAAGAUUAUCAGGCGUGAGCUUGCCUGCGUUCUGACCGGUGGAACGCUUGUUGAUGGCAGUAUGCUUCAGGAUGACAUGGCUACCUAUUGCGCCGCCAUCAAGGAGUCCAUCAUUGAUGGCAAGCCGGCUUUUGGCAUUGCCUUCGUUGAUGCCGCGACGGGUCGUUUCGCCAUUUCUGAAUUCGAGGACGACAUCGAUAUGACUAAGUUUGAGACCUUUGUUGCCCAGACUAGUCCUCGCGAGCUCAUUAUUGAAAAGUCACAUAUUUCCACCCGAGCCUUGCGCAUCCUCAAAAAUAGCACAUCUCCUACCACCAUCUGGAACUACCGCAAGGCUGGCACCGAGUUCUGGGACGCGUAUAGCACACGCAAGGAACUUGACAGCGGCGAGUAUUUUAGCCAGGCGGAUGGCCUUUGGCCCGAGACGCUGCAAGAGCUCAAGGACAAGGACCUCGCCUUGUCUGCUCUGGGCGCACUAAUCCAGUAUCUGCGAAGCUUGAAGCUCGAACAGAGCCUCAUCUCCCAGGGCAACUUUGAACACUACAACCCCAUUCAGCGCAACGGCACCCUCAUCUUGGACGGCCAAACCUUGAUUAAUCUCGAAAUCUUUGCCAACAACGUCGACGGCGGUACCGAGGGCACCUUGUUCGGUCUCCUCAACCGCUGCGUUACCCCCUUUGGCAAGCGACUCUUCCGGCAGUGGGUAUGCCACCCUUUGUGCAACAUUGAGAAAAUUAACGAGCGCCUGGACGCCGUUGAUAUGCUCAACGCCGACCGUAGCCUCCGAGAUCAGUUCACCUCUCAGAUGACUAAGAUGCCAGACCUGGAGCGGCUGAUCUCGCGAGUCCACGCCGGCUCCAUCCGCGCCGACGAUUUCGUCAAGGUGUUGGAAGGCUUUGAGCAGAUUGAAUACACCAUGAGCCUCCUCGGCGCGUUCCGCGGAGGCAGCGGCAUCGUGGACCGACUCAUCAAGGGCAUGCCGAACCUUACGGAACCCCUGACGUACUGGAACUCGGCGUUCAAGCGGGACCUUGCCAAGUCAGACAAGAUGCUAGUCCCGGAGCGCGGGAUCGAUGAGGACUAUGACGCGAGCCAAGAGACCAUCACCGAGAUCAAGGAGCGCCUCUCUUCACUGCUGGAGGAGAAGAAGAAGGAACUCAAGUGCAGGAACCUCAAGUUUACCGAUAUCGGCAAGGAGAUUUACCAGAUCGAGGCGCCCAAGGCUCAAAAGGUGCCUUCCAACUGGCGGCAAAUGUCUGCAACCUCGAGCGUCAAGCGUUACUAUUUCACCCAACUGACCGACCUCGUGCGCGAGCUCCAGGAGGCGGAGGAGACGCACUCGCAGAUCAUCAAGGAGACGGCAUCGCGGUUCUUUGUUCGAUUCGAUGAAGACUACAACACGUGGCUGCUGGCCGUGCGCAUCAUGGCGCAACUCGAUUGCUUAGUGGGAUUGGCAAGGGCCUCGUCGUUUAUCGGCCAGCCCAGCUGCAGGCCCGAGUUCAUCGAGAGCGAGAGGAGUGUGGUAGACUUUAGCGAGCUACGCCACCCGUGCAUGCAGACGACGGUGACGGACUUUAUUCCCAACGAUGUCAAGCUCGGAGGCGACACGGCCAACAUCAGCCUGCUCACUGGUGCCAACGCUGCGGGUAAGUCGACCGUGCUUCGCAUGUCAUGCGUCGCCGUCAUCAUGGCGCAGGUAGGCUGCUACGUGCCUGCCGUCAGCGCGCGACUCACGCCUGUCGACCGUAUCAUGUCGCGUCUCGGCGCCAACGACAACAUCUUUGCCGCGCAGUCCACCUUUUUCGUGGAGCUGUCCGAGACCAAGAAGAUCCUUUCCGAGGCAACGCCCCGCUCGCUCGUCAUCCUCGAUGAGCUCGGCCGUGGCACGUCUUCGUACGACGGCGUCGCGGUGGCGCAAGCGAUCCGGCCGCGCCGCAUGCAGAUCCACGUGGACGAUGAGGAGCGCCGCGUCACGUUCCUGUACCGACUUGAGGACGGCGUGGCAGAGGGCAGCUUCGGUAUGCACUGCGCGUCCAUGUGCGGAAUUCCCGCGCGCGUAGUUGAGAGUGCCGAAGUGGCGGCCAAGGAGUGGGAGCACACCAGCCGGCUCAAGGAGAGCCUCGACAAGGCCAAGCAGGGAUGCUACGUGCCACUCGGCGUGCUGAGCGACGUGGCGAGUGUGCUGAGGGCGGACGGGGACGUUGGCAAGCUCGGUCUCCAAGUGCUUCUCAAGGCGAUUGAAGGACUUUGA